AUGAAGGGCUUCUCAGACCAUAGCUUGGACGAGGAUGCCUUUGGGGAGAAGGGCAAUAUCGUCUCGGCAUUUGAUGCUUUCCCUAAAUCCAAACCUGAAUAUGUAACCCGCACUUCAGGCGGCGGAAAAUGGACCGUCGCCAUGCUCUUCGUCUCAUCCUUCCUCAUUUUCAGUGAAUUCGCGCGCUGGUGGCGGGGGUAUGAGAACCAUGCCGUUGCAGUGGAGAAGGGCGUGAACCACGAUAUGCAAAUCAAUUUAGACAUUGUCGUCGCGAUGCAAUGUCCGAAUAUCCAUAUCAAUGUGCAAGACGCGGCCGGGGAUAGGAUUCUCGCGGGCGAGGUAUUAACGAAAGCCCCUACGAAUUGGUUCCAGUGGGCCGAUAACCAUGGAGUACGGAAGUUGGGGAGGGAUGCGGAGGGGCAUGUUGUGACUGGGGAGGGUUAUCAGGAGGAGGGCUUUGGCGAGGAGCAUGUCCACGACAUCAUUGCUGCAGCUGACGUGGGAAGGAGAGCUAAGUUUGGGAAGACGCCGAGACUGAGAGGCGCGGGUGAAGGCGAUAGCUGUCGGAUUUUUGGCAGUUUAUAUGUCAAUAAAGUACAAGGAGAUUUCCAUAUUACUGCGCGGGGACAUGGCUAUCAGGAAUGGGGCGCCGCACAUUUGGACCACACCGCUUUCAACUUCUCCCACAUCAUCUCCGAGCUUUCCUUCGGAGCUUUCUACCCCUCCCUCCUCAACCCUCUCGACCACACCAUUGCCACAACACCAAACCACUUCCACAAAUUCCAAUACUUCGUCUCCGUCGUUCCCACCGUUUAUACUGUUGGCAGCAAUCCUGCUAAGGGGAACACGAUCUUCACUAAUCAGUACGCCGUGACGGAACAAUCGUACAUCGUGGGCGAGAGAUCAGUGCCAGGCUUGUUUUUCAAAUACGAUAUUGAGCCGAUGAUGCUCACCGUGGAGGAGAUCAGAGAUAGCUUUUUGAGAUUUAUGAUUAAGGUGGUAAAUGUGUUAAGCGGUGUGUUGGUUGCUGGCCAUUGGGGGUCUACUUUGACUGCGUGGGCGAUAACCGUACUUGGGAAUAGAAGGCGAAAGAUGAGCGACGGCGUUUUGAAUGGGCGGGCGCAUGAGAAUGACGAAUGA